GAGUGAAGGGCAGGCGAGCAGAUAAAGAGAGGAUCACAGACUUUCACCCACACACUCAGAAGAUUAGAUACAUCAGUCUGGGUGUAAAUCAUCUGAAAUGCUGCUGCUCUGCCUCGCUGUUUUCUGCCUCGUUGGCGUCUCUCCCUGUGGUGCUGCUCCAACAUGGGACACUUCAAGAUCCUCCAACACCAGGAACAAGCUGCUGCUCAUCUCCUUCGACGGUUUCCGAUGGGACUACGACCGAGAUGUGGACACCCCAAACCUGGAUAGGAUGGCCCGGGAUGGGGUGAAGGCUAAACAUGUCACACCACCCUUCCUCACAAUCACCAGCCCUGCACACUUCACCCUGCUCACAGGACGUUACAUCGAGAAUCAUGGUGUUAUCCACAACAUUUGGUUCAACACUACCACUCAGGAGAAGAAGCAGUACUACAUGACCCAGUUUGUUGAUUCCUACUGGGAUAAUGGAAGCUUGCCCAUCUGGAUAACAGCACAGAGACAGGGUCUGAAGGCUGGCUCUCUACAUUUUCCUGGCACUGCAGCUACAUACAGGAAAGAGAUUGUGAGGGUUCGGCAAGUGGAGCCUCGUUUCUACGAUCAUUCUAACGAGACAGAUUGGCAGCUAAAUAUCGACAAGGUGGUCGGAGAGUGGUUCCACCAACAGGACCUGGACUUUGUGUCCUUGUACUUUGGAGAACCAGAUUUGGUAGGUCACAAGUAUGGACCAGAUUCCCCAGAACGCAAAGAGAUGGUUAAGCAAGUGGACCGAACAGUGGGCUACAUACGGGACAAGAUCCAACAGCAUGGCCUCACAGACAAGCUCAACAUCAUCAUCACUGCCGACCACGGGAUGACUACAGUUAAACGAGGAGAAACAGUUAAUGAGAUCAUCCUCUCUAAGAUCACGGGCUUCAACUUUAGAGAUAUCAAGUUUCAUCUGGUGGAUUACGGUCCCAGUGGGAUGCUGCUUCCUAAAGAGGGGAAGCUGGAGACGGUCUACCAGGCUCUGAAAGGAGGGCACCCUCACCUUCAUGUGUAUAAGAAAGAGGAGAUGCCUGCUAGACUGCACUACAGCAAACAUCCUCGACUCCUGCCCAUCAUUCUCUUCGCUGAUCCUGGAUAUGUAAUCAAUGGGUUGUUUCCUGUACAGUUCCACAAAGGAGAGCACGGCUUUGACAAUGAAGAGAUGGACAUGAAGCCAUUCUUCAGGGCCGUGGGUCCGGAUUUCAAGAAAAACUUGGUGUUUGCGCCCUUUGAAACUGUUCAUGUGUACCCACUGAUGUGCCAUCUAUUAGGAAUGAAACCUGAGAUCAAUGAUGGACACUUAGACGAUACUAAAGGCAUGUUGGUCCCCAAGAUAAAGCCAGAGGGAGAUGGCAAUGAAAUGGAUACCCAGUUCCAAGUGGUUAUCGGCCUGUCAGCAAUGACUGGGUUUCUGGUGCUGGUGUUCAUAGCAACCAUUUCUAAUGCCUGGUGUAAAAGGAGCAGAGCACAAAAUAGCUCCAAACUCGAACUUACUGCUGGUGAAGAAAGGAAAGACAUGAAGCAGACCAGUUUCUAAGAAUCUAGUUUGAUUAUUAUGUUGGCCUCCAUUUCAAAGCUAUUUCUUUUUUUUUUAAAUAACCAGUGUUGGUUUAUAUGGGGUGCGGAUUUAAUAAUUUAUCAACUUGUGAAUAUUUCUAUAUCUAAUGCAUGACAAAAUAUGGCACGUAUAUAGUAUCUCAAGAUUGCCUUUUCACUAUUUAUACAUUCAUAAAGAUUAUAAUCCAAAUGCAAACUAAGGAUUAAUAUUGUAAAGUCAGAUGAAUGUUCAGCCUACUUCUUUUCACUCACUAUGAAUUCUUUAUGAUGUUGACGUAUUAUUCAGAGCUGCUUUAUAAGCAUCAGUGUUUUAUUCUAUCAGCUGUAUAUUAAUAGCAGUUAAUCCAAACAUGGCUUCAUCCUUACUGUUUUCUUUACUUUUUUUAUUAGGUUUUCAACUUGAACAGUACAAAUCCCUGUAUGAUGUACAAAAAUAAAGCCACCGAUCCCCCUCCAAA